GCGCCUCCCUCCGUUCAGUAACUAAGGAGAAGCAGCGAGGAGCGACAGCAUGUCAGUCUGAGCGCAGUAGCCGGGAUAAAAGCGAGAAAAACAGCGAUUUUUGGACAGAACAGUCCACAAAAAGUGUCAAACCCUUCUGCUAUACUUUUCUGAAUCCUACUCGGAAGGAACCAACGCCAAAAACAUGAGUUUACUCGCCAAAAUUGCCGAAAUUGAGAACGAGAUGGCUCGUACUCAAAAGAACAAGGCCACAGCACAUCACUUGGGGCUGCUGAAGGCUCGACUGGCCAAGCUCCGGAGAGAGCUCAUCACACCUAAGGGAGGUGGUGGAGGAGGCCCUGGAGAAGGCUUCGAUGUUGCAAAGACAGGAGAUGCACGUAUCGGGUUUGUGGGCUUCCCCUCUGUUGGCAAGUCGACACUGCUGAGUAACCUGGCUGGAGUCUAUUCCGAAGUGGCUGCCUAUGAAUUCACCACCCUCACCACCGUGCCAGGGGUCAUCCGCUACAAAGGAGCCAAAAUCCAGCUCCUGGAUCUCCCAGGUAUUAUUGAGGGAGCCAAGGAUGGUAAGGGUAGAGGACGACAGGUUAUUGCAGUUGCUCGCACCUGUAAUCUCAUCCUGAUCGUUCUGGACGUGUUGAAACCUCUCGGACACAAGAAGCUGAUCGAGCACGAGCUGGAGGGCUUUGGCAUCCGCCUUAACAAGAAACCCCCCAACAUUGGCUUUAAGAAGAAGGACAAAGGAGGCAUCAACUUCACUGCUACUUGCGCUCAGAGUGAGCUGGAUGCUGAAACAGUGAAGAGCAUUCUGUCGGAGUACAAAAUUCACAACGCUGACAUCACCCUGCGGAGUGACUCUACGGCUGACGACCUCAUAGAUGUCGUGGAGGGAAACAGAGUUUACAUCCCCUGCAUUUACGUCUUGAACAAAAUCGACCAGAUUUCCAUCGAAGAGCUGGACAUCAUCUACAAGGUUCCUCACUGUGUGCCCAUCUCUGCUCACCACCGCUGGAACUUCGAUGACCUGUUAGAGAAGAUUUGGGACUACCUACACCUAGUUCGCAUAUAUACCAAACCGAAGGGUCAGCUUCCCGAUUACACGUCCCCAGUGGUUCUGCCAGAUGGGCAGACAGCUGUUGAAGACUUCUGUCUAAAAAUCCACAAAAACCUCAUUAAGGAGUUCAAGUACGCUCUGGUGUGGGGCUCCUCUGUUAAACACAACCCUCAGAAGGUGGGCAAAGACCACGUGCUGGAGGAUGAAGAUGUAAUUCAAGUGGUCAAGAAGUAAAAGGACUCCAAAGCUUUGCAUGACCUCCCCGCUCUUUUCAUCGAGCAUCAAGACAUUUCCAAUGUCCCAAAAACACACUCUGUGAUGUCAACAUCGUACAGUGGCUUUUUGUUUCUUUGAACAUUACAAAAAUAUAUAUGAAUGUAAAUGUUGCUCUCACCAGCACAAACAUUUGAAGCCACAUAUGGGUUUGAAUGCCCUUUAAAAAGAUGAAACACCCAGUUGUGUCUAUAGGUUCAGAAUCUUAAAUAAAACAAUGAAAUUGUGCA